AUGCCCAGAAUGACAGAACCGCCAGUUCCCCGUCGCAUCUUUGUCUUUGAUCAUCCACGCACUGUGUCUCAGAUGUUUCACAGGCUGUUUGCGAACCAUGAGGAACUUGAGAACAUCUUCCAUCCUUUCAUAGGCGCUUCUAUGUACGGACCUGAAAGGAUACAACUCACUCUCAAACACUGCAGUGUUGCAGAAGAUGCACAAGAAGAUUUAGCCUUAAACGCUCAUAUGGAGAGAGAGACUUACCAGGUAGCGGCUCAGCGUCUCACAGAGUCAAUUGCGACAGCUGAGAAGAAGGGAAAGAUAGCCUUUGUCAAGGAUCACUGCUUGUGCCUUCUGAAACACAACAAUUUUCGUGACAAGACUCCCGACUCUUUUUACGAGAAACCAAAUUCAAUGUUAAGCGGUAGAAUGAGUAAUCCAACAUGGAUCCCUGAUGACCUUUACACAUCUCUCUCACCCCUCAUUCUUAUCCGUCAUCCGGCUCGCAUGAUCCCAUCUUUCUACCGUACGCAGGCAGACGUGUUGAAAUUGCAAACUGCCGACGAAGAUUUCGCAAUAUACACCAGUUUCCGAUGGUUACGCAUCAUCUUUGAUUCUUAUCGAGAGUUCUACUCGGAGAACGAUGAUCUCGUCCCUCCAUACUCCAGCUGCAGUACGAUCGACGGCACGAAAGAAAAGCCCAUCUGGCCACUCGUAAUAGACGCUGAAGAUGUGGUAUACAGCACUCAAGCCAUUGUGUCAAAACUUUGUGACAUCUGGCAUAUCGAUUCGAGCGGGGUUCAGUAUUCAUGGAAAGCUACUCCAAAGGAAGAACGGCCUAAAGACAAGAUAAUGUGUGGAUUCUUUGACACGCUUCUGAGCUCUACGGGGGUGAUACAAGGGAACAAACGUGACGACAGGUCUUUGGACAUUGAUGAGGAAACGGUGAAGUGGAGGGCGGAAUUCGGAGAACAAGUGGCUGCUGAUCUGAGGCGGUUUGCAAUAGCUGCGAUGCCAGACUAUGAAUACUUGAGGCAGUUCUGUCUUUGUGCCGCUCGAGGUUAUACUUAG